AUGUGCCAAAUAUUCAACAACUCUGGAAAAAGUUAGUACCUAAGCCACCUUUCUAGUCCUUUAACACCAGAGCUUUAGCUUUAUUCUUAGAACUACAGUAACUGUUCAACUGUUUAGGUAAUUCAUGUAAUAUCAACUUUAUGCUAUGCAACACUUUACAGUAGUGAAGUGUUUACACAGUUUUUUGGGGCUUUUAGAAUCCUUUGGAAUCUCUUGAGUUUUGAUUGGGUGUGUUCCAAUCUGGUUUUGUCUUUGUUGUCUCCAAACUUUGAACAUUUCAUGUCUGACUACGAUGGAUUUGACUCGUUCCAUCCAUCUGUUUAGCCCUUCAUUCUCUUGUUUUGUUCUCAAAGCCUCAUUAUUCCGCAUCGGGACCCACAAUGGUCCAUCACUUACCUUAGGAAGGACUUGAAAAAGUGAUGUUUGACUCUUCUGAAAGACAUCUUCCUCAUGGGAAUGAGAGACCGACCAAUGGAUCAGAUCCCAAAGGUGUAGGACAAAUCUACAGAUCCAGCCCCGUACCUGGGAGGGAGGUGCGACGAGGAGUCAGACAUAAAAGAGUUACGCGCUGAAGAGUUCUCCCACUUUCUCCAAGGAUGCAGACCCAGGAGAAAGAAGCUGGUCUCUGUUUUCCACAUCUGCAGAACUCCUCCUGCAGGAGAAGCGGGCGUCCUCCUGCAGAGUCCAUGUUAAUGUACAUCACUCUGUCUUCCAUGUCUGUGCUCACUGUGGCUCUCAACCUGCUGGUCAUCAUCUCCAUCUCACACUUCAAGUAUUCUGAAUGGCUGCAGAACAGAAAAUCUUGUGUGUAAAUGAGGUUUUACUCAGUGGUGUUCCUGUGUUGCUCCUGCAGGCGACUCCAAACUCCCACCAACCUCCUCCUCCUCUCUCUGGCCGUCUCAGACUUCUUUGUGGGCCUCCUGGUUGUCUUUCAGAUCCUGCUCAUAGACGGUUGCUGGUUUCUGGGUGACGUCAUGUGUGUGGGCUAUUAUAUUGUGGACUACGUCAUCACAUCUGCCUCGGUGGAGACGGUGGUGCUCAUAUCGGUUGACUGUUACGUGGCGAUCUGCGAGCCUCUUCAGUACUUCAUGAAGGUGACGAAGAGGCGGGUUUGCAUCUCUGUGUCAGGGUGCUGGAUAUUCUCCUUCCUCUGCGUCUUCAUCGUGAUGAAGGACAACCUGCGGCAGCCUGGCCGCCAUAACUCCUGCUACGGGGAGUGCGUGGUUGUGUUCGACCAGUUUUCUGGGCUGGUAGAUAUUCUGUUCUUCUUCAUCGGGCCUGUGUCGGUGGUGGUGGUUCUGUACGUAAGGGUGUUCGUGGUGGCUGUGUCUCAGGCUCGAGCCAUGCGCUCCCACCCGCUCUCCGUUCAUGGCUCGGCGAGGGUCACCCUGAAGAAAUCUGACCUCAAAUCAGCCAGAACUCUGGGACUGGUGGGGCUGGCUUUCCUCAUUUGUCUCUGCCCAUAUUUCUCUCUCACUCUAACAGGGUCGGAGGUCGAGUUCCAGGCAUCCUCCUUCGCCUUCGUUCUCUUCUACUUCAACUCACUCCUGAACCCUCUGAUCUACGCUCUGUUUUACCCCUGGUUCCGAAAAUCUGCAAAACUCAUUGUCACUCUUCAGGUCCUGAGACCCGGCUCCUCUCAGAUCAACGUGGAGUAAAACAAAGACUGAGAUUUUUUUAAAAAGGUCACAAUUUUCUUUAAAAAAAAUUAGAGUCAGAUCUAGUAUGAAAUCAAAACAGUCAAAACAAUAAAUGAUUGUUUCAAUUAUUCAACAGAUUCAGAGAGAAAAUGCUUCUUCAAAAUGGAGAUUUUGCUAUU